GUUUCCGUCGUCACUGUCAGAGUUGGUGAUGAAGUCAUUUUGCCUUGUAAUAAAGUGACUGAAGGUCGGAAUAACUGUGACAGAACCUCUUGGAGCUUCAUCAGUUCAACGUCAGCGACGCUGUUUGAAGCUGGGCAGAUUCAGAUAAAUUCAGCAGAUAAAUCAGACAGACUGAAGGUGACUGUUAACUGUUCUCUGGUUAUAAAGAAGGUCAUCAUUAAGGAUGUUGGUCAGUACACCUGCAGACAGUUGACAUCAGAACCAAACUUUGUUUAUUAUCUGUCUGUUAUUCACAUGACUGAACAGAAGAUCAAUGAUUCAGUUGUCUUUAACUGCUCUGUGGUGGAUUAUAACCACUUUAGACACACAGUAGAGUGGCUGUAUGAGGGGAAAGGUGAAACAUCCUCACAGGCAGAUCCAUCACCACCCAGCCAUCGUUCUACUGUGGCACUGACAACUUCCCUUCAUCAAAAGUCAGCAUUCUUUAGGUCAAUAAAGUGUAAAGUUACAAACAACUCCACUGAAGAUGUUCAGCUGUUCACCUUCAUCCAGGACUCUCCGGUUCAGAAUACAGGUUGGUCCUGGUGGUAUAUUGUUGUUUCUGUGGCUUCAACAGGCAUCUUAAUAAUCAUUCUGGUGUUCAUCAAAUGGAAGAAAACUAAAGAAAUAAAAACAAAGAUUGAAGAUAACUCAGAACCAAACUUACAACCUGAAGUGACUAUUUUGAAUCCAGAAACCAGAGAGGAUGUGGUUGAUUCUGAUGGGGAUGUGUAUGCCUCAGUAUGCCAUGACAAAAACACCAAGAGGAAAAAACAGGUCUAUGACUCUGUGACCGACAGCACUGUGAACAUCUCCUCUCCUCAAGCUGAUAAAGAUGUUGUCUACUCCACAGUCAAAAAAAAGAAGCCAGACGUUACUCUGUGAAUAUGUUCUUUUCAGCUACAGAGCGCUGUCUGCUAAAACCAUCCACCACAGAGACAGUUUCUUCCCCCAGGAUGUUUCUCUGAUGAACUCUUGACAGUCAGAGUUUCAGAACAACACCAUGCAAACUUGGACUGAUCUCACAUUAUAUUCUGUUGUAAAGUAAAUUGUGUAUAUAUGUUCAUUCAAAAAUAUAUUCUUUAUUAUUGGGAGCAAAGUGUAUCAGAGUCAAAUUCCUUGUUUGUCUGUACAAAGUUGACAAUAAAGCUG